UUUGGCUAAUCCUGCCUAAUCCUUGGUAACAAUGUGUAUUGAGUGCUCGCACGUGUUGUUUAAUAUAGAUUUACCCUCUUAAUAUACAUUGACAUUAUAUAAAAGCAGUCGUUCUGUAUCUAUUGGCGGUACCAGAAAAAUAAAUUUCACGGAUAAAGGAAAUCAAGUGAGAAUAACACGCAGUAUGAGUGAUUCUGAUGAUGACAGUUCUGACAGUAGUAAUGAUUUUACUGGUAUUACGCCAAACGAUGAGCUGACAGCAAGUUUCUUUACAAUUAAACCGGCGACAAAGACUAACCUGAAUUUGAAGGAGGACAGUAGCGAAGAUGAGAGCAGCGACAAUGAUAAUUUCACAAAUGUUCCUGAGAACAACGGUAUUGAACUGUUUUCUGAAGUGGUCAAGAAUCUGGAAGCUUCGCAGAAGACUUAUAUCAAUGAUGAGAAGCAGCAUUCCUCCAACGAUAAUCUACAAAAUAUAAAAACAGUUAAUGUUAAAAAAAAUAAUAUAUCAGAUGAAAUAAAUGCAGUUUUGCUUCAAGGAGAAACUGGAAUACAUGCACUUCCUGAAAAUGAUGAAGACACGGAUAAUGAAGAGAAAAAGGAGGAGGAUGUUAAACGUCCUGAUGAUUAUACUAUACCUAAAGAAGGUAUUAAAAUAACUCUGCCAGGCACAAGUGUUUUCAAGAAGAAAACAUCUUCCAAAAAGGAAUCAGAUCUAGCUGCGAUUUUAAGAAGGAAACUGAAAACCAACCAAAUAAUUAUAGAAAAAGCAGCUCGACUUUGUUGGUUGGCGCAUGGAUUUUACUUGAAUCACCAAGCAAAUGAUCCUGAGAUCAUGUCAACAGUGGUAUCUCUUGUUUCAAAACAUAAUUAUCCAAAAAACAAUUUUGAUUUGACAUAUCUAACAAAGUUUACAAAAUGGUUUAGAAAUAUGUUUACAAUAGAACCUGGUGAUAACGAAGUUGUCAUAAAUAAAGAAACACUGUUAAAAAGAAUAGCAGAGAAGAAAAUUUUCAAUUACAGGGAAUUAAUAAUACUAUAUGUAGCAAUACUACGAGCUAUUGGUUUACAUUGUCGUUUAAUAUUGUCUCUCAAUCCACCACUUGUAAAAACCUAUAAUGAAUUAUUGCCUAAAACAAGUACAGCGAAAAAAAAUGACAAAAUUAAAGAAGAACCAAAAGAAUCAAAAACAAAGGCAAAGUUGUCUAAAGGAAAAAAAAGUACAGACUCAAAGAAGGAUCUCAAGAAUGAGAAUAUAAUUCAAAAUAGUGAAAAUGCUCGAAGAAAUGCUAAUGAAGAAGCGAAGAAAAAGGCAGCAGAGAUUCUGCGUUCAAAGUACUCUUAUAAUAAGAAGAACAAAGAUAAAGUAAAUAAUAUAUCUAUCCAAGAUAGUGCUUCUACAUCAAAAGAUAUUAAAGCAACUUCCACAAGUUCAAAAAAAGGAAAUAUUGAUGUAUCUCCAAGACGUUUAAGGCCUCGUAAAACACAUGUUGCAUCAGCAGUGAAUAAACCACAGGACAAUACACAAACUAAUUCGAAAAAUAAUCAACCUGAAACACAAAAGUCCAGAAGACGAUCAGAAAGUAGUAGUUUUGAUUCUAAUUCAGAAGAAGAGGAGGAAGAAGAAAAAUUAUUUAGCAAGCCAAAAAGAAAACGCAGUAAUAACAAUAAAGCAGUCACCACAUCUAAUGAAAAGAACAAAAAGAAGAACCAAGCAUCCCAGGAUGAAGAAGAAGAUAAUGACAAAUUAAAAAAGAGGCAAGAUGUAUGGGCUGAGGUAUAUGUAGAAUCUAAAGGAUGCUGGAUAUGUGUAAAUGUGAUGGAUUCAAAUGUGGAUUGUGUGACUGAAAUAUAUAAAAAGGCGAGCAAACCAGUAUUAUAUGUUAUAGCAUACAACUCGGAGGGAUUAAUAAAGGAUGUCACACGACGCUAUUGUCCACAAUGGCUUUCUGUUACACGUAAACAGCGUAUUGAUGAGAAAUGGUGGAUUGAAACCUUAACUUAUUGGCAAGAAAAGGAAACAGCCAUAUCUAAACAGGAGGAUGAGUUACUUUUACAAAAAGAAUUAGAACAGCCAUUGCCAAAAACUGUUAGCGAAUGCAAGGGACAUCCAUUAUACGUAUUAAUUAGGCACUUGCUCAAAUAUGAAGCCUUGUAUCCACCGGAUUGCGUACCACUCGGACAUUUGAAAACGGGUGAAGCCAUCUAUUCGCGAUAUUGCGUGCACACGCUACGUUCGCGAGAAACUUGGCUAAAACAUGCUCGAGUAGUUAAACCGAAGCAAGAUGCUUAUAAAAUAGUUAAAGCACUGCCAAAGUAUGACAAGCUUUCAGGCAUGAAAAUUAAGGAUUCAGCACUAGAAUUAUUCGGAGAAUGGCAAACUACAGAGUAUGAGCCACCAGAGGCUAAAGAUGGUAUUGUGCCACGUAACGCAUUCGGAAAUGUAGAUUUGUUUAAAAAAUGUAUGCUUCCGAAAGGCACAGUACACAUAAAUCUUCCAGGAUUGAAUCGUAUUGCCCGGAAACUAAACAUAGAUUGCGCAACCGCAGUGGUGGGUUUCAAUUUUGGUUGUAUGGGUGCCGUACCAGCCAUUGAGGGCUGUGUUGUGUGUGCUGAAUAUGAAGACGUAUUGCGAGAAGCUUGGGAAACAGAACAAGUCGAGGCAGCUAAACGUGCCACUGAGAAAAGAGAGAAGAGGAUUUACGGCAAUUGGAAAAAACUCAUUAAGGGAUUACUUAUUAAAGAGAAAUUGUCACAAAAAUACGAGUUUCAAGAAGAAUCAAAAACAGAUCAGUCAAACAAACGUCCAAAACAACGAAAAGGCACUGUAAAAAAGUCUAAGACUUAAUAAAA